CUUCAGCCGCGCCUACGCUGCUCAGCCUCCUCUACCAUGGCGUCUCUCCUCUUCCUCCCGCACACCACCCCCGCGCCCACCCUGCGCGCCAAGCUCCUGCCCGGUCCUCGAACCAUCAUCACCUGCGGCCCGCGCGACAACCGCGGCCCGCUCCAGCGGGGCCGUUCCCUCUCCACGGAGGCCAUCCACGCCGUGCAGGCCCUCAAGCGCCUCACCGCCGCCGACCGCUCCCCUCCCGCCGCCACGGCCGCGGCCUCCGCCGCCCUCGGCCGCCUCCUCCGCGCCGACCUCCUCGCCGCCAUGGCCGAGCUCCAGCGCCAGGGCCACUGGUCCCUCGCCCUCGCCGCGCUCCACGUCGCCCGCGCCGAGCCCUGGUACCGCCCCGACCCGGAGCUCUACGCCACCUUCGUCUCCUCCUCGCCCUCCAACGACCCCGCCGCCGCAGCUGCCGUGGACGCGCUCGUCGAGGCCUUCAUCGAGGAGAAGGAGCGGGGCGCCGCCGGCGGGUCCUCGGAGGGGGUGUGGGUCGGGGAGGACGUGUACAAGCUGACGCGGCUGGUGCGCGCGCUGGUGGCCAAGGGCAGGGCGCGCGCCGCCUGGAGGGUGUACGAGGCGGCGGUCAGGAAGGGAGGCUGCGAGGUGGACGAGUACAUGUACAGGGUGAUGGCCAAAGGGAUGAAGCGGCUGGGGCUUGACGAGGAAGCGGCGGAGGUGGAGGCGGACUUGGCCGACUGGGAGGCCAGGCACCUGCCCGACGAAAUGCGCCCGAGGGAGAAGAGCAAGACGGCUGUGACUGGCUCUGUUGUUUAGUUCAGUAAAUCGAGAGACCUAGUAAUGAUGAUUUUGCAUGCCUUUCAUAGUUAAAGACUGAUGAACAACAAUUUCUCCUCUUUCGACCUCCGUCUACGGUUUGCAGAUCGCGCAAGAAUGGACGUUACUACUUCACUUGUUUUGAAAUCUGACUGUUCCAUUGCAAACUGCAAUGUUUUUCAGGUUUAUCGUCAGUCACAGACUCACAGCUAGUGUGGCGUUGAGCUCGGAGCUGAAGGUGGAACUGUUAAAUUCUGUGACUAUCAUGUAAACUUUACAAAUAAGAAACAACCACAACGCUGAAUACAUCAUGGCCAAAACUAAAUCAGGAGGAGUCAGUCAAGUGAUAGACGCUACGUAAAUUAAGGCCAUCGCCCAUAUGCUUUUGCUUGCCUAGCAGAGAAGGAGCGAGUCGACGAACAAGUCGUCCCUGGGCUCGUCCUUGGUGUUGGUGAGCAUCUCCAGAGUGUAGGGGCCCUGUUGUCCGUGUCCGGCGGCAGCAGCAGAGGAAGAGGACGUCGUCGGGCGGCCGAGCGGCACGUCGUGGUUGUGCUUGCCCUCGUAGGUGGUGAUGACGGCGCGGUUGUCGUGCGACGCCCGCUCCACGCCGUUUCUUCCACAGAGUUGCAUCUCCGGAAAGUUCAGGAGGUUAAGAAUCCUGCCAUGGAAGUUGCAAACGUGCCCAAACGUAAGAAGAAGCGUGAGCGUGGAGGACAAGAACCUGCUCCGUAUUCGAUGUUACAGAAAAUCAAGGAUUUCCUUUCGGGGCCUCUCCUGAAACUUUUGCUACUGGUAAUUGCUAUAGCUGGAUUGGUUGGGUUGGUGGUGGUGACGGUGAAAUUUAUUUACCAGAUUUCAGAUUGGAUGAACGAAAUGGAGGAGCAGAGGACCAGGCAAAGGAACCUGAGGGCUCCAAGGUUGUAAAAAUAUAUAUUUUGAGACUUUUAUAUAUGGGUUCUUGCGCGCCCAGUAACCAGUUUUGAGAUGUAGAUCAAUAAACGACUCUUUACUGUCGCGGUCCAGUCUCUGGAAGCGUAUAUCUGAAACUGAAAGGAUGCCAUUGUUUGGUUCA